CAUGCCUAUGUUGUAAGGGGGGGAAUGCCUUUGCAUUCAUAAAAGCCAUAAAAGAGUCACUUUUUGUGUCUUGGUGUGGGUGCACAGAUAACGUUUCUCCUCCCCCAUUCCCUAAGUCCGAAGACCAAUUAAGACAAGCUCCAUGAGGAAUUUUCUCAGACUUCUGCCUUGCAUUGACCAGCCAGUUCCCGCUAUAUCUUCAAACUUGUCUACAUCUUCUCAAGAACAGCACAAAAUGAAAAAGAGUGAACACAAAUUCCAGACAUUAAUAUCAUUUAAGGAUGUGACUGUGGGCUUCUCCCAGGAGGAGUGGCAGCACCUGGACCCUAGUCAGAAGUCUCUGUAUAGAGACGUGAUGCUGGAGAACUACAGCAACCUGGUCUCAGUAGGGUAUUGUGUUGCUAAACCAGAGGUGAUCUUCAGGCUAGAACAAGGAGAGGAACCAUGGAUAAUGGAGGAAGAGUGCCCACAUUUGAGCCACCCAGACAUUUGGAAAGCUGAUCACCUGAAAGAAAGGAACCAAGAAAACAAACUUACACGUUUGUGGGAAGUUGUAUUCAUGAAUAACAAAAUGCUGAAUAAGGUACAAGGUAAUGUAAUAGGAAAACCAUUUAACUUGGACACAAAUUCUUUUCCUUCCAGAAAAAUAUUCUGUCAGUGCAACUCUUUUGGAAUGAGCUUGAACAACAUAUCAGAAUUGGCUGUCAGUAAGAACAACUAUUCAAGAAAAAAGCCUAAUGAAUGUAAUGCCUGUGGGAAAUUGCUACUCAGUAUUAAGCAUGGAAAGACUUAUAGUAAAGAGAAAAGUGAAUGUUUUAACAAUAGAAAAGCUUUCAGUCAUCAUGAGUACCCAGUGCAGCCUGAGAAGGUGCAAACUUUAGGGCAAAAUUUUGAAUAUAAUACAUGUCAGGAGACCUUCCUUGAAAAGUCAAUGUUCAGUACACACAAGAGAGAGAAUAUAAAGGAGAGUGGCUGUGAAUAUAAUGAAUACAGGAGAACUUUCUAUGAUGACUCAUCUCUCUUGUUUCAUCAGAUCCCUCCCUUAAAGGAAAAUUACUAUGAAUUUAGGGAUUCUGAGAAAUCCUUACAUAUGAAGUCUACCUUUUUGGAACUUCAUGGGGUACACAUGGAACACUAUGAAAAUAAUGAAAGUAAGAAUAAUUUCAGGAGGAAAUUAUAUAUGUCACAAUUUCAGAAAGCUAAUAAAGGAGAGAAACACUUUGAAUGUAAUGAAUGUGGGAAAGCUUUCUGGGAGAAGUCACAUCUCACUCGUCAUCAGAGGGUGCACACAGGAGAGAAACGCUUUCAAUGUAAUGCAUGUGGAAAAACAUUCUGGGAGAAGUCAAACCUCACUAAACAUCAGAGAUCACACACAGGGGAGAAACCUUAUGAAUGCAACGAAUGUGGGAAAGCCUUUAGCCAUAAGUCAGCCCUCACUUUACACCAGAGAACACAUACAGGGGAGAAACCUUAUCGGUGUAAUGCAUGCGGGAAGACUUUUUACCAGAAGUCAGACCUUACUAAACAUCAGAGAACACACACAGGGCUAAAACCCUAUGAAUGUUAUGAAUGUGGGAAAUCCUUCUGUAUGAAUUCACACCUUACAAUACAUCAGAGAACUCACACAGGUGAGAAGCCUUUUGAGUGUUCUGAGUGUGGGAAAUCCUUUUGUCAAAAGUCACAUCUUACACAGCAUCGGAGAACUCAUAUAGGGGAUAAACCCUAUAAAUGUAAUGCAUGUGGGAAAACUUUUUACCACAAAUCAGUGCUCACCAGGCAUCAGAUAAUUCAUACAGGGUUGAAACCUUAUGAAUGUUAUGAAUGUGGAAAAACAUUCUGCUUGAAGUCAGACCUAACAGUACAUCAGCGAACUCACACAGGGGAGAAACCUUUUGCGUGUCCUGAAUGUGGGAAAUUCUUCAGCCAUAAAUCAACCCUCUCUCAACAUUAUAGAACACACACAGGGGAGAAACCCUAUGAAUGUCAUGAAUGUGGGAAAAUAUUUUACAAUAAAUCAUACUUAACCAAACAUAAUAGAACACAUACAGGGGAGAAACCCUAUGAAUGCAAUGAAUGUGGGAAAACUUUCUGCCAGAAGUCACAACUCACUCAGCAUCAGAGAAUUCACAUAGGGGAAAAACCCUAUGAAUGUAAUGAAUGUGGUAAAGCAUUCUGCCAUAAGUCAGCUCUAAUUGUACAUCAGAGAACCCAUACAGAAGAAAAGCCGUAUAAAUGUAGUGACUGUGGAAAAUCUUUCUGUGUGAAGUCAGGGCUUAUUUUACAUCAGAGAAAACACACAGGGGAGAAACCGUAUGAAUGUAAUGAAUGUGGGAAAUCCUUCAGUCACAAAUCAUCCCUCACAGUUCAUCACAGGGCUCACACAGGAGAGAAAUCUUGUCAAUGUAAUGAAUGUGGGAAAAUUUUUUACCGUAAAUCAGACCUUGCUAAACAUCAAAGAUCACACACAGGGGAGAAGCCUUAUGAAUGUAAUAAAUGUGGAAAAACCUUCUCUCAAAAGUCAAACCUCAUUGUACAUCAGAGAACACACACAGGAGAAAAAUCUUUUGAAUGAAAUGAAUAUUAGAUAUGUUCAACCACAAGUCAGCCUCCCUGACACUUUAAGAGUAUUCACACUGUGGAGGAAGUUCUGUUGACAUCCCAGAUGUUCAGUAACCUACAUCCACAAAGUGAGUUUAUUUUACUCCAAAAUAAUGAUAGGGGAUAAAUUCAUAAACUACAAGAACUAUAAGAUAGCCUUUGCUAAGAAGUGAUAUUCCACUGAUGUCAGGUGGUUAAUACUGAUAUACAGCCUUACAGAUUUUGUGAAUUUGUGAAAGCUUUUAGCAAAAACAUGAACAAGAUUAUGUCAGAGUUUACACUGAGGAGAAAUUGGUCAAUUUGGGAAAUAUAAAUUAAAAAUUUUGCUUACAAAUAAUAUAUUACAAGUUAUGUUUUG